AUUAGUCAAAUAAAGAAUCUCGUUUAUCUGCAGCUAGAAAGUGCGAGAAAGAAAGAUGAAGGUGAAGGAUAUAGGAUCUGUUCCUUUGAUUGUGCCGAAAAUCAACAUCAUUUGUGCAAGAAAUUUUUCAACGGUUAAAAAUUUCAAAUUCAGCCGACAGUGGUUUGAAAAAGCUAAAUUUGUUGUCCCCCUGGCGGGACGCUGUAGCAUGUUUACGACAGCAUGAGGACUGAGGAAAAAAGUAAAUAAACCGUCAGAAGAAACUAGAGCAGCAAUUUUCGUACGCUAGUGGGCAGACGUCGUCUAUCAGCUCAGGAAGUUAAAAUCUCGUAAAAUUUUAGCAACUUUGACAAUCAUUUUCUGAUAUCGAAAAAUGAGCCGGAAAAGGAAUCUUGACAACGGGCCAGGCCCAAUUCCUCAACGGUGGCUGCACUGUCCUCGAAAAGCCUUUUCUAUAGUUGGAGGAAAAUUUUUAGCAUUCAAAACUCCAUUAGAUGCAAGAUACGAAAAUCAAAUCGACGAUGAAUUUACUUUUCACCCUGAAAUGGUAUUUUCAUCAGCCAAAAAUAUGCUGAAGUUGAAAAUUGGGCUGUGGAUCGAUCUUACUAAUACCAGCCGGUACUACGACAAGAAUGUAGUAGAACAAAAUGCAUGUAAAUAUGUGAAACUCGAAUGCAAAGGACACAGUGAAACUCCCAACCCUGAAACUGUGGACCUCUUCAUCAAGCAAUGCACGGAAUUCAUUUCUCAAAAUCCUUUAGAAAUUAUUGGAGUCCACUGUACCCACGGCUACAACCGAACUGGCUUUCUCAUUGUUUCAUACUUGGUACAGGCCAUGGACUGGUCAGUAGAAGCUGCGGUCAAUGAAUUUUCUAAAGCAAGACCCCCUGGAAUCUACAAGGAGGACUAUAUACAACAACUAUUCACUCUCUAUGGUGACAUAGAUGACACCCCACCUGCUCCUGCCUUGCCAAUGUGGCAUUGUGAGGCUGAUGAUGAUACCCACAUCAAAGAAGAAACAGAAGCUGUUGAUGACAACAAAGGUGAUGACCAAGCCAGCUGUAGUACUAAUAAGAAGAAAAAACCACGCCGAGAAGUGGCACAAGACAAAGCCAAAUUCAUGGAAGGGAUACCCAACGUGAAGCCUACUGAUAGGGAUAUUACAGCCAAAGUCCAAUCAAAGAUAAAAAGUCUCACGGGCUUCACAUCAUCUGGAUUCCCCGGCUGUCAGCCUGUUUCCAUGGAUAAUAUAAACAUUGAAUUAAUGAGAAAUCAAUUUAAAAAUCCAUACAUGGUGUCAUGUAAAGCUGACGGCACCAGGUACAUGAUGUACAUUAUGGGACAAGAACAGGUCUACUUUAUAGACAGAGACAACGCAGUGUUCCAGAUCGAGGGUGUAUCGUUCUUCUCUUCGCAUGAUGACAAGCAUCAUUUGGUUGACACCUUAGUAGACGGUGAGAUGGUCAUUGAUAAGGCUGACGGGAUGCGCCAUCCACGCUAUUUGAUCUACGAUCUCGUCUCCCUAGAAGGGAAUCAAAUAUGUCAAGACAAUUUUUCGAUCCGCUACAGUGCGAUCGAAAAAGAAAUAAUUGAACCUAGAGUGGUUGCCAUGAAUUCGGGACGGAUUAUCCGAGAAGAACGUGAGCCGAUCGGCAUUGAACAGAAAGAAUUCAGGCCCGUGGCAGCUACUUCCACUCUUUUAGAAGAGAUGUUUAUGAGACAACUUCAGUAUGAAGCUGAUGGUCUCGUUUUCCAACCAAUACAAGAGCCUUAUAAAGCAGGUCAGUGCUCGUCCGUCUUGAAGUGGAAACCACCUUCUCACAAUUCUGUUGAUUUUCGACUAAAAAUUGAAAUCGAUAACCGUCCUGGGAUGCUACGAAAACGGAUUGGCAAUUUGUAUGUCGGUGGGAAGAAUGACACUCCCUUCGCGACAAUGAAAGCUACCAAGGAGAUGGUCCCCCUUGACAAUAAAAUUAUUGAAUGUCGAUAUGAAAAAAUGAACAACGGCGGCGAAGGCAAAUGGGUCUUUAUGAGGGUAAGAACCGACAAAAGCUUCCCCAACAGUUACCAUACUGCUACAGCUGUCUUACGAAGUAUCAGUGAACCGGUGACCAAGGAGAUGCUAGAGAACUUUAUUAAAUCGGCGGUCUCCACCUCAGCGAAGACCGCAUUAGCAGCUAAUUGCAACUAAUUCGUCGUGUUCACUUGUAUUUCUCGUGGUCCUGACUUUUAAAUUAAUUUGCCAAAGAAGAAUAAAUGUUAAAUUUAACCGUGAA